AUGCAUCUUUCGCUGCAAUACAGAGGAUUUUUGACCGAGGACUGUGAUGAUACGAUUGUUGAGUUAUCAAAACUCUCGAUUGCUGAUUCGGAACACGAGGUCACUGUUUUAGAAAAUUUUCAUGAAACGUCGAAUCGUAUUGCGACCGCGCGUGAUUACGUCUUGCGACGUUGCAAUCAAACAGACGUGAUACUGUUUGAUGAAUGCUAUCCAGAUACAGUCCUGAAAAAUUGCCGGAAGAUCGGCGAGGGUGUAUAUGGAGAGGUUUAUCUCUGGCGCGCUCGCGACGGCAGGGCUCGUGUACUGAAGAUAGUGCCCAUAGCUGGUAAUAUCAAAGUGAAUGGCGAAGAUCAGAAGGACUAUCAUGAAAUUAUAUCUGAGAUUGUGAUUGCUAUGGAAUUGAGUGCACUACGCGCUCCUAUAGCAGAGAUAGAACAACGUUUUGAUGAGGGCAAGGGUGUUGAAGUUUUGGAUUUACAUUCUGUAAUGAAUGCUACUGAUAUCUUCAAUGAGGUUCUAGCAGUGCGCUGUGUGCAAGGUAGCUAUCCAUCCCGUCUCCUGGACCUGUGGGAGCUGUACGACGAGACGAAGGGUUCGGAGAACGACAAUCCGGCGGUGCUGCCCGCUGACCAGCAGUUCCUGGUGCUGGAGCUGGCCAACGCCGGCCAGGACCUGGAGAGCUAUCAGUUCACUAAUGCUGAACAGGCGUACGCUCUGUUCAAGCAGGUUGCUUUUGGCUUAGCGGUCGCAGAGGAGGCAUUUCAGUUUGAGCACCGUGACCUUCAUUGGGGAAACGUACUCAUAGCGCCCACUGAUCAAAAGUACGCGACGUUCGUGCUGCGCGGGCGCGCUCACCGCGUCGCACGGCGCGGGGUCGCCGCGACCGUCAUCGACUACUCGCUGUCGCGCGUGUCGCUGCCGCCGGGCGCGGCGCUGUACAACGACCUAGCAGCGGACGACGGGUUGUUCGACGCUGUUGGCGAUUACCAGUUCCAGGUGUAUCGGCUCAUGAGGGACAAGCUGGGUAAUGAUUGGAAGAAUUUCGAGCCGUACACAAAUAUUCUUUGGCUGCAUUACACUGUGGAUAAAAUGAUAACAGCUCUCCGCUAUACAAGAACAAAUACUAAAAUCCACAAACAUUAUAUCUCUAAACUUAAGGAAAUUAAGAAUCGAAUCCUGGACUACGGCAGCGUAGUCCAAUACGUACUAACUGACAACGAUCUG